AUGCGGAUAUUUCCUACAAUUCCUCUCGUAGCUGUUAUUUCAUUAUGGAUUUCCAUUGUGUGUGCUGCACACAAUAAUAGAGUGACUAUUAGUAAUGGAAUACUGGAAGGAUCUCUGCUGCAAUCGAGAAAAGGAAGAGUCAUCAAUGCAUUCAGGGGUAUUCCAUAUGCUCGUCCUCCAUUAGGACGUCUACGAUUCCAGCCGCCUCAACCUGCUACUUCCUGGAGAGGAGUUCGUUUAGCGACAACGGAGAGAGCACAGUGUCUGCAGAAAAUUGAUAUCUCCUCAGAUAUGACCACUGCAGGUUCAGAGGACUGUCUAUACAUAAAUGUUUACACUCCCAAUUUGCCGAACCCCGCGGGAAGAAAUGCUUCUCAACGUUAUGCUGUCAUGGUUUGGUUUCAUGGUGGAAGUUGGACGGGAGGCAACUCAUCUCUGUAUGGCCCAGAAUACCUCCUCGAUCAUGAUAUUGUCUUGGUCACCAUGAACUACAGAUUGGGACCCCUUGGUUUUCUGAGCACAGCAGACAGAAUUAUUCCAGGAAAUUAUGGUUUGAAGGAUCAUGUGCAAGCCCUUCAUUGGGUCCGAAGAAACAUUGCAGCAUUUGGCGGUGAUCCGAAGAAAGUAACAAUAAUGGGUGAAAGUGCGGGAGCUACGGGUGUACAUUAUCUGAUGUUGAGUCGACAGGCUAAAGGACUCUUUCAUCAAGCGAUUUCUCAGAGUGGCACAGCUCUCAAUCCUAGCGCGUUCAAUACGAUUAAAAUUGCAAGAGAAAAUGCUCAUCGUCUUGCCAGGAACCUCAGUUGUCCAACAGACACCUCUGAAAGACUUCUUCAAUGUCUACAAAUAAGAGAUCCUAGGGAAAUCACUGCAAUGUCUGGAACAUGGCCGAUGAGUUCCGAUGCAUUAUUCAAUGUCGGUAGCGCCACUUCAGUGAAAGAACAUCUCCGUAAAAGAAGUCCUAUUUAUUAUUACUAUUUUGCAUAUAGUGGAGAUAUGAAAAAUCCUCUCAUUCGCGGUAAUCCUGAAAAUGACUUCGGCGUCGGUCAUGCUGAAGACCUUAUGUAUCUAUUCCCAAUGAAUCGAAUACUUUUUCCCAAUAGCACCAUGAGUGUGAGGGACUUUCAGAUGGUUGAUGCUAUGACGACUUUAUGGACUAACUUUGCAAGAUUUAGGAAACCGGUACCAAUGCGUACGUCACAGCUCCCCGUGAUAUGGGAGCCCGUCAGAACCAAUUCACUUGAGAACUUCGUCAUUAGGAGUCCCACGAGGUUCGAGAUGGCUAAAGAUAUGUUCAGAGAUAUGCUCAGUCUGUGGUUGAAUUUCCCCUGCCGUGCUGGUUUGUCUCGUUCAAGCAGUUCGCUCAGUGCUUAG